AUGGAGGACGAAAUUGCUGCGAUUGUCAUUGAUAAUGGUUCUGGCAUGUGCAAGGCUGGAUUUGCUGGCGACGAUGCACCUCGCGGGGUCUUUCCGUCGAUCGUCGGUCGUCCCCGUCAACAGGGAGUCAUGGUCGGAAUGACCCAGAAGGAUUCCUACGUCGGCGACGAAGCCCAGUCCAAACGCGGUAUCCUUUCGCUCAAAUACCCAAUCGAACACGGUAUCGUGACGAACUGGGACGACAUGGAGAAAAUCUGGCAUCACACAUUCUACAACGAGCUACGCGUCGCACCAGAAGAACAUGCCGUCCUGCUUACCGAAGCGCCGCUGAACCCAAAAGCCAAUAGGGAGAAGAUGACGCAGAUUAUGUUUGAGACGUUCAACGCUCCUGCGUUCUACGUCCAGGUCCAAGCUGUGCUCUCUCUGUACGCAUCGGGUCGUACAACAGGUAUCGUUCUCGAUUCCGGAGAUGGUGUCUCACACACUGUACCGAUAUACGAAGGAUACUCCAUGCCGCAUUCGAUUCUGCGUCUGGACCUUGCAGGACGUGAUCUGACGGACCACCUGAUGAAGAUCCUCACGGAACGCGGAUACCAGUUCAAAACGACCGCAGAACGCGAGAUCGUGCGCGACAUCAAGGAGAAACUCAGCUACGUCGCGCUAGACUUCGAAGAAGAGAUGCAGAAAGCUGCGAUGUCGUCUAUGGUAGAGAAGAAUUACGAGCUUCCGGAUGGUCAAGUCAUAACAAUCGGUAACGAGCGCUUCCGCACCCCCGAAGCACUCUUCCAACCAGCCUUCAUCGGAGCCGAGCAUGCAGGCAUCCACGAACUGACUUACAACUCCAUAACGAAGUGCGACCUCGACAUCCGUCGCGACCUAUACUCAAACGUAGUCCUCUCAGGCGGAACGACCAUGUUCCCCGGCAUAGCCGAUCGCAUGCAAAAGGAACUCACAGCACUCGCGCCAAGCAGUGUCAAGGUCAAGAUAAUCGCACCGCCAGAAAGGAAGUACUCUGUGUGGAUCGGUGGUUCGAUCCUCGCAUCAUUGAGCACAUUCCAGAAUUUGUGGUGCUCGAAGCAGGAGUACGAUGAAUCUGGUCCAGGGAUUGUUCAUCGCAAGUGCUUUUGA